CGGCUGCGGGCGUCGGGGAGGGGGCACGUCGGUGUGUGGGGGGGCCCCCGGACUCGCUUUCGGUGGCGCUGCCAAGCGGUGACUCCAUUUUCCUCGGAGGCUCGGCGCUGCGGAGGGCUCGAUCUCCUUGAAGCAUUGUGUGAGCAGCUGUAGCCAUGUCUGAUUUUGUGGAGAGUGAAGCAGAGGAAUCCGAGGAAGAGUACAAUGAUGAGGGAGAGGUGGUACCUCGGGUCACCAAGAAAUUCGUUGAAGAAGAAGAAGAUGAUGAAGAAGAGGAAGAGGAGAACCUGGAUGACCAGGAUGAACAAGGGAACUUGAAAGGUUUCAUCAAUGAUGAUGACGAUGAAGAGGAAGAAGAGGAAGAUGAGGCCAGUGAUUCUGGAGACUCUGAGGAUGAUGUGGGACACAAAAAGCGGAAGCGCACAGCUUUUGAUGACCGCUUGGAAGAUGAUGACUUUGACCUCAUUGAAGAGAACUUGGGUGUCAAAGUCAAACGGCAAAAGUUCAGGCGUGUCCGAAAGAUGUCCGAUGAUGAAGAUGAUGAAGAGGAAGAAUAUGGGAAGGAGGAACAUGAGAAAGAGGCCAUUGCUGAGGAAAUCUUUCAAGAUGGUGAAGGAGAAGAAGGACAGGAAGCUGUGGAGGCCCCCAUGGCUGCACCAGAGGAGGAGGAGGAAGAAGAUGAAGAAUCAGAUAUUGAUGACUUCAUAGUAGAUGAUGAUGGACAGCCUCUUAAGAAACCCAAAUGGAGGAAAAAACUUCCAGGCUAUACAGAUGCGGCCCUGCAAGAAGCCCAGGAAAUCUUUGGGGUAGACUUUGACUAUGAUGAGUUUGAGAAGUACAAUGAGUAUGAUGAGGAGCUAGAAGAGGAAUACGAAUAUGAAGACGAUGAGGCAGAAGGUGAAAUCCGGGUGCGACCCAAAAAGACCACCAAAAAGCGAGUUAGUCGGCGAAGCAUUUUUGAGAUGUAUGAACCCAGUGAGCUGGAGAGCAGCCACCUGACAGACCAGGAUAAUGAGAUCCGAGCUACAGAUCUGCCUGAGAGGUUCCAGUUGCGGUCUAUCCCUGUCAAGGCAGCUGAAGAUGAUGAGCUGGAAGAAGAAGCCGAUUGGAUCUAUCGAAAUGCCUUUGCAACACCAACCAUUUCACUCCAGGAAAGCUCCGAUUACCUGGACCGUGGGCAGCCGGUCAGCAGUUUCAAUCGAAAAGGCCCCAGCACUAUCCAGAAGAUCAAAGAGGCCCUGGGCUUCAUUCGCAAUCAGCAUUUUGAGGUACCUUUCAUUGCCUUCUACAGAAAGGAAUAUGUAGAACCUGAGCUGCACAUCAAUGACCUGUGGAGGGUGUGGCAGUGGGAUGAAAAGUGGACACAGUUAAAGAUACGAAAAGAGAAUCUGACGCGGCUUUUUGAGAAGAUGCAAGCCUAUCAGUACGAGCAGAUAUCUGCCGACCCAGACAAGCCCCUGGCUGACGGCAUCAGGGCAUUGGACACCACAGAUAUGGAGAGAUUGAAAGAUGUGCAGUCUAUGGAUGAGCUGAAGGACGUCUACAACCACUUCUUACUGUACUAUGGGCGUGACAUCCCAAAGAUGCAGAAUGCUGCCAAGGCCAGCCGGAAGAAGUUAAAGCGCACCAGGGAGGAUGGAGAUGAAGAGGAAGGUGAAGGGGAAGAAGUGGAGGAUGAGCAGAAGGGCCCAGAGCUGAAGCAGGCUUCCCGCCGAGACAUGUACACCAUUUGCCAAAGCGCCGGCCUAGAUGGCUUGGCCAAGAAAUUUGGGCUCACUCCAGAACAGUUUGGGGAGAACCUCCGGGACAGUUACCAGCGGCAUGAGACAGAGCAGUUCCCUGCUGAGCCCCUGGAACUGGCAAAGGACUAUGUGUGCAGUCAGUUCCCUACCCCAGAGGCAGUACUAGAGGGUGCUCGCUAUAUGGUGGCUCUGCAGAUUGCCCGGGAGCCCCUUGUCCGGCAAGUACUUCGACAGACCUUCCAGGAGAGGGCUAAAGUUAACAUCACCCCAACCAAGAAGGGCAAGAAGGAUGUUGAUGAGGCCCAUUAUGCCUACUCUUUCAAGUAUCUAAAGAAUAAGCCUGUAAAAGAACUUCGAGACGACCAGUUUCUCAAGACCUGCCUGGCUGAAGAGGAGGGACUGCUCACCAUUGAUAUCAGCAUCGACAUGAAGGGAGUUGAGGGCUAUGGCAGUGACCAAACGUACUUUGAGGAGAUCAAGCAGUUCUACUACCGGGACGAGUUUAGCCACCAGGUGCAAGAGUGGAACCGGCAGCGGACCAUGGCCAUUGAGCGAGCCCUGCAGCAGUUCCUCUAUGUGCAGAUGGCCAAAGAGCUCAAGAAUAAGCUGCUGGCUGAAGCCAAAGAGUACGUCAUUAAGGCUUGUAGCCGGAAGCUAUAUAACUGGCUGAAGGUGGCUCCCUACCGACCUGACCAACAGGUAGAGGAAGAUGAUGAUUUUAUGGAUGAGAACCAAGGGAAAGGCAUCCGAGUGCUAGGGAUUGCCUUCUCCUCUGCCAGAGACCACCCCGUGUUUUGUGCCUUGGUCAAUGGAGAGGGAGAAGUAACAGAUUUCCUACGGCUGCCUCACUUUACCAAACGGAGGACUGCGUGGAGGGAAGAAGAGCGGGAAAAAAAAGCUCAGGACAUUGAAACGCUAAAGAAAUUCCUUCUGAACAAGAAACCACAUGUGGUAACUAUAGCAGGCGAGAACAGAGAUGCUCAGAUGAUGAUUGAAGAUGUGAAGCGAAUUGUGCAUGAGCUUGACCAAGGCCAGCAACUGUCAUCUAUCGGAGUGGAGAUGGUAGACAAUGAACUGGCCAUCCUGUAUAUGAACAGUAAAAAGUCUGAGGCGGAGUUCAGAGAUUACCCCCCGGUUCUGAGACAAGCAGUGUCUCUGGCCCGACGCAUCCAAGACCCCUUGAUUGAAUUUGCACAGGUGUGCAGCACAGAUGAGGAUAUUCUUUGUCUCAAGUUCCACCCUUUACAGGAACAUGUGGUGAAAGAGGAGCUGCUCAAUGCCUUAUAUUGCGAGUUCAUCAAUCGAGUCAACGAGGUUGGUGUUGAUGUCAACCGAGCAAUUGCCCAUCCCUACAGCCAGGCCCUGAUCCAGUAUGUGUGUGGCUUGGGGCCACGCAAAGGGACCCAUCUACUAAAGAUUCUGAAACAGAACAAUACUCGCCUGGAGAGCCGGACCCAGCUAGUCACCAUGUGCCACAUGGGGCCCAAGGUCUUCAUGAACUGUGCAGGUUUUCUGAAGAUAGAUACAGCCUCUUUGGGUGACAGCACCGAUUCAUAUAUUGAGGUUUUGGAUGGUUCCCGGGUCCAUCCUGAGACCUAUGAAUGGGCCAGAAAGAUGGCGGUGGAUGCUCUGGAGUAUGAUGAGUCUGCUGAAGAUGCCAACCCUGCCGGGGCCUUAGAAGAAAUCUUGGAGAACCCAGAACGACUCAAGGACCUGGACCUUGAUGCCUUUGCUGAAGAGCUUGAGAGGCAGGGCUAUGGUGAUAAACACAUCACUCUCUACGACAUCCGUGCUGAGCUGAGCUGCAGGUAUAAGGAUCUCCGGACAGCUUACCGCUCUCCCAAUACUGAGGAAGUCUUUAACAUGCUGACUAAGGAAACACCGGAAACCUUCUACAUUGGAAAACUGAUCAUCUGCAACGUAACAGGGAUUGCCCACAGACGUCCACAGGGCGAGAGCUAUGACCAGGCAAUCCGCAAUGAUGAGACAGGGCUAUGGCAAUGUCCCUUCUGCCAGCAGGACAAUUUCCCUGAGCUGAGUGAGGUUUGGAACCACUUUGAUAGUGGCUCGUGCCCAGGCCAGGCCAUUGGUGUCAAGACUCGACUGGACAAUGGGGUCACCGGCUUUAUCCCUACAAAGUUUCUCAGUGACAAGGUAGUGAAGCGACCUGAGGAGCGGGUGAAGGUGGGGAUGACCGUUCACUGCCGCAUCAUGAAAAUCGACAUCGAGAAGUUCAGCGCGGACCUGACGUGCCGCACCUCUGAUCUCAUGGACAAGAACAACGAGUGGAAGCUGCCCAAAGACACAUACUAUGACUUUGACGCCGAAGCAGCUGACCACAAACAGGAAGAGGAUGCCAAGAGGAAGCAGCAGAGGACCACGUACAUUAAGCGAGUGAUUGCACAUCCAUCGUUUCAUAAUAUUAACUUUAAGCAAGCAGAAAAGAUGAUGGAGACCAUGGACCAGGGCGACGUGAUUAUUCGGCCAAGCAGUAAAGGGGAGAACCACCUCACGGUGACCUGGAAGGUCAGCGAUGGCAUUUAUCAGCACGUGGAUGUCCGGGAAGAGGGCAAAGAAAAUGCCUUUAGCUUGGGUGCCACCCUAUGGAUCAACAGCGAGGAGUUUGAGGACCUGGAUGAAAUUGUUGCCCGCUAUGUCCAGCCCAUGGCAUCCUUUGCUCGAGAUCUUCUUAACCACAAGUAUUAUCAGGAAUGUGGUGGCGGGGAUCGCAAGAAACUAGAGGAGCUGCUCAUCAAAACCAAGAAGGAGAAGCCCACCUUCAUUCCUUACUUCAUCUGUGCCUGUAAAGAGCUGCCUGGCAAGUUCCUGCUGGGCUACCAACCCCGGGGCAAGCCCAGGAUAGAAUACGUGAGUGUGACUCCAGAAGGUUUCCGGUACCGAGGCCAGGUCUUCCCAACUGUGAAUGGCCUCUUCCGCUGGUUUAAGGAUCAUUACCAAGACCCUGUGCCAGGCAUCACGCCCAGCAGCAGCAGCAGGACGAGAACACCGGCCUCCAUCAACGCCACCCCUGCCAACAUCAACCUCGCAGAUCUGACCAGAGCAGUGAAUGCCCUGCCCCAGAACAUGACCUCACAGAUGUUCAGUGCCAUUGCUGCUGUGACUGGCCAAGGACAGAACCCCAAUGCCACCCCUGCCCAGUGGGCCUCCAGCCAGUAUGGCUAUGGCGGCAGCGGAGGUGGCAGCAGUGCUUACCAUGUGUUCCCGACCCCGGCCCAGCAGCCCGUGGCCACUCCGCUGAUGACCCCCAGCUAUUCAUACACAACCCCCAGCCAGCCCAUCACCACGCCCCAGUACCACCAGCUGCAAGCCAACACCACCCCACAGAGCACCCAGGCCCAGGCCCAGCCCCAGCCAUCCUCGAGCUCGCGGCACCGGCAGCAGCCAAAGUGA